GGCCCGUCACCCCACCCCAAAUAUCACUCAGUUUCUGGAAUCUUACUUGUCUGAGUUUAGAUCAGGAAGAUGGCGAAAAAGUAGACGUCGAUUUAACAGAGUUUAAUUAUGGCAACCUCAACCAACCAGAAAGACGAUGUUGUCCCAGUCUCAGAAGAUCCUUCUAUAGACAUUAAAAAGAAAUCAGAAUCAGAAGAAACCAAAGAAAGCCAGGUGAAGCAUGCAGCAGAACAGAAUUCUACAGAUGUUGGAGAAGGUAGCACAGGGGCAGAAGUUCUCCCAAUCCCAGACACAUGUGUAGAUCAUCUCACUCAAGGAUUGUUGGAUGCAAUACUCCCUCACUUCCAGAAACAUGAUGAAUCACUUUCAGAGCUUACGAGAAACCAAGUUCUACUUAUUGAAACACUCCAGCAAGAAAACAGAAAGUUUUCAGAGAACAAAGUAGUUGACGAUCUCACUAAGAUGAUGUUUGAAGCCAAGGUGUACCAAGGAAAGUUGACAGCCAUCAAGAAAGAGAUGACAUCAUUACAUGAAAAGUCUAGCAAGUUAAAGAAAAAAGCAUUAAAGCUACAACAACAAAAGAUGAAAGAAAAUCUGGAGAAAGAACAACAAAGAGAAAGAGAGAUUGAAGAGGACAGAAAGCUGACAGCAAAAAGACCAACAACCUCUUCAUCAAACAAGACUGCUCCACAUAGGUAGCCAUGAAUUGAGACUUAGAAUGUACCAACACCAAAUACUUUGUGCAACAUCAUAGAGAUGAUUUAGUAUGUAGAAAUCAUAUUUGGAUCCCUUCUUGUGUCUAAAAUAAUAUGGACAGCCAUCAGUGCCAUUAUUAUUCAUCUAAGAAAUGUGUCUCAUCAUUGAGCUCCCCAGAGAAAAUUUGGUGCAUGUCUCAUUAAUAUUACCAAUCACCGUACUUGUUUUUGUUCACAAAGGUCCAGCGCAGUUGCCUUCUCGAUAUUUGAUGAUGGCACCGCUGGCUUUCCAUAAUAGAAAUUGACUUUGAGCCUAUUGCUAAGUAUUUUAGAAGACAGAGUCCCAGACUCGUAGAAACGAAUGUACAUAUAUUGAUAGAUGAAGAUGAUGGAUUCAUAAUUGACAGCACCAUCUUCUAAUACCAGUGUGUGGUCAGUUUUUAUGAUGUCCAGUUGGGGACAGAUGUCAACUAAAAUGAAAACGGGUGGUGGAAUUUCAACAUACCUUCAGAGAUAAGGGUUGUUGAUCAGAUGUUGGCCCAUUUUAUUGAAUGUUGACAAAACUUAUUCUGGAUACAAUU